AUGGUUUUAAAGGCAACGAUCCCUGAUGACGUUCAUAGCGACUUUGAUAUUGAACAUGUCAUCCAAAAUGCAUCUAUCUCUGACAAGAUAUCCUUGCUCUCUGGUCGAGACUUUUGGCACACUAAUCCUCUCCCAGCAUUCAAAGUUCCAUCCGUGCGUGUCAGCGACGGUCCAAAUGGCGUGCGAGGAACCAAAUUCGUCGACGGUGUACCAGCCGCUUGUUUGCCUUGCGGUACCGGUCUAGCGGCCACCUGGGACCAGGAUCUACUAUACGAGGCAGGCACACUGAUAGGCAACGAGUGCAUAGCAAAAGGAGUGCACUGCUGGCUCGGCCCUACAGUAUGUGUUCAACGCUCCCCUCUUGGCGGUCGAGGGUUCGAGUCAAUGGCAGAAGACCCUUAUGCGACAGGGAAACUAGCUUCUGCCUACAUCAGAGGCGUGCAGUCCACGGGCGUUGUGUCAGUUAUCAAGCACUGGCUUGCGAAUGAUCAAGAACACGAAAGAGUUGGUGUCAAUGUCGUUGCUAGUGAGCGUGCACUGAGGGAGAUUCAUAUGCUUCCAUUUCAGAUUGCGCUUAGUGAUGCGGCGCCUGGAGGAGUCAUGGCUUGUUACAACAAAGUCAACGGCAAACAUAUUUCAGAAAACCGAGAGUACCUCGACUCGUUGCUCCGCGAAGAGUGGCGGUGGAAGGGUCUCAUCAUGAGCGAUUGGUUCGGGACCUAUUCCACGACCGAGGCCAUCAAUGCAGGACUAGACCUCGAGAUGCCAGGACCAACAAGGCAACGCGGCCAACUUCUCGACCUUGCCGUCUCAACCAGAAAGGUAUCACGUUCUACCAUCGAUACCCGAGCGCGUAACGUCCUCGAAUUCGUCAAGAGAUGUACAAAUGCUCCUGUUGCGGCUGAAGAAGGAGGACGCGACCUUCCUGAAGACAGACAACUCAAUCGAAAGUUGGCCGGCGACAGCGUUAUCUUGUUAAAGAAUGAACGUAACCAACUUCCCCUCAAGCGACCUUUUAAGAGCAUUGCUUUGAUCGGACCGAACAUGAAGAACACUUCGUUCUGCGGAGGCGGCUCUGCCUACCUUCAGCCUUACUACACAGUUUCUCCCUACGAAGGGGUCGUGGCCCAACUGCCGCCAGAUGUCGAAGUACGAUAUGAACUCGGUGCUUCAGCAAACGGGUGGAAUCCACUCAUGCAGGGGGGUAUGGUCACCACUCCAGAGGGGUCACCGGGUAUGCGGAUGCGCUUCUACAGUCAAGGUCCUAGUGAGCCCGACCGCGAUAUCAUCGAUGAGAGCCAUCUUCCGGAAUCUUCUUGGCAACUGAUGGGCUACUCGCAUCCUAAGCUCGACAACCUUUUCUACGCAACUGUUGAAGGCAAUCUUGUCGUCCCAGAAACAGGACUCUUUGAGUUUGGUCUCGCAGUCUAUGGCUCUGCCCGACUCUUCGUCGAUGGUCAGCUCUUGAUUGAUAACAGUCUUGUCCAGCGAGGCGGAACAUUCUUCUUCGCCAAAGGUACUGUGGAAGAAAAGGCUCAAAUGCACCUUGUUCAGGGCCAAAAGUACCAUAUCGCAGUAGAGUAUGAGAGUGCCCCAUCCUCCAAGCUUGUCAAGCCAGGCGUGGUCAACUUUGGCGGUGGAGCAGGAAGAGUUGGUCUAGCGAGUGCAGUUGACCCCCAAGUCGGUAUCCAGAAAGCCGUCUCAGCAGCGCUACAGUCCGAUGUGACCAUUUUGUGCGUUGGGAUGACGAGAGAUCAGGAAUCUGAAGGCUUCGACAGGCCAAACAUGGAUCUUCCUGGAUCACUUUCGCAGCUUGCAUCAGCCGUCUUGACAGCGGUUCCAGACGCCAUUGUCGUGACGCAGAGUGGCACUCCAUUCAACAUGCUCUGGGCGGAAAAGGCCAAUACCCAUUUACAUGCUUGGUUGGCCGGUAACGAGACUGGAAACGGCAUUGCUGAUGUUUUGUUUGGCGCAAUCUCCCCCAGUGGAAAGCUGCCGCUUUCUUUUCCACGCCGUUUACAAGAUACCCCGACCUUUUUAAACUUUGGUAGCGAGAGGGGACGUGUAAUAUACGGUGAGGAUAUAUAUGUUGGGUAUCGAUACUAUGAAAAGGUCGAUCGAGACGUGCUCUUUCCUUUUGGCCACGGUUUAUCUUAUACCACGUUUACCUACGAAAAGCUGACCAUCGCAUCCUCACACGUGAGCUUCGAAGUUUCCAACUCUGGUUCCACGCCUGGAGCCGAAGUCUCUCAGCUUUAUAUCGCUGCUGAUGAGGCAACAUCAUCUAUCCAGAGACCUAAAAAGGAGUUGAAGGGUUUCAAGAAAGUGUACCUGCAACCUGGCGAUACUAGGAGGAUAGAAAUUCCACUGGAUAGAUUCACCACUUCGUUCUGGGACGAGGAAUUACAUUGCUGGGUGUCUGAGAGAGGUGUGUAUAGGGCACUGGUUGGAUCAAGUAGUAAGGAGAUUUUGCUGGAAGGGGAUCUCCUCGUGGAGGAAACCACUAGAUGGAGUGGGCUUUGA